UAAUUACCCUCUUGUCCCAACUCCCAAAGAUAUUUUACCGCUGCUAAUAGGCGAUGACGUGAACCCCUAAGGUCAGCCGGAAGGGGAGCAUUGGUUUUAUAGUAUCGAAUCCGAAUAUUAAGACUAGGGUCAUCUGGGUGGUCGGAGAUGGAGCUAGCCUCUUAUUCACCAUUGAGGAGGGCUUCUCCUUCGGUGGUCUUCACCUCCACUAGAAUCACUGGAAGACUGCCGGCCAUAGGCAGCGGAAAAACUGUUUCUAACUGCCUCGGUCCCACUAUCACAGGCAAAAUUAAUUGCCGCGUCACGCUUCGCCGCAGCACCGCUCUUUUAAAUGGACUUCGCUCAAAAAAAUUCAGAUCAUUUCGGUGCUUGUCCGCUCUAACCCCUGAACUGAGGACGACCUUAGAUAAGGUCGUCGCAUCACAAAAAGUCCUUCUGUUCAUGAAGGGAACCGCAGAAUUUCCACAGUGUGGGUUUUCCAGCACCGUCGUACAGAUGUUGAAGUCACUAAAUGUUCCUUUUGAGACUAUUGAUGUUCUUGAGAAUGAGAUAUUACGUCAGGGGUUGAAGGAGUAUUCGAACUGGCCAACAUUCCCUCAGCUCUACAUUGAUGGGGAAUUCUUUGGUGGCUGCGAUAUUACAGUGGAGGCAUACAAGAGCGGGCAGUUGCAGGAACUGUUGGAGAAGGCACUGUGCUCUUGAUUACAUCAAGUUCGGCGUGAAAAACUCUUGCUCUUGCUCCGUUCAUUUUUCUGGUUUCCUUUUAUGGAGAUGGUCGGUGUAUACUUUAAUUUGUGACAUAAAUGUGACCAUUUAUGAAAAUUUCCAAUUUUAUUA